GCUCCCCCCUCCCUCUCUCCUUCCUUUUCUUUCUUUCUUUCUCGGCUUCUCGCUCUCUUUCUUUGCCUCGGCAGCUGGCCGAAGGGGCGGGCCUUGCAGUCUUUGUUGCCUGAGGAGCUAGUGCAGCUGCCCGCAGGCCAGAGUCGGGACAUAGAAGUAGGGAGCUGCACGCGGCCAGUCAUGUCCUGAGUCGGACUCCCGCACGACUGAGGCAAACGCGACAGACGAAAGAGUGCGCGACGGGUCCCGGCAGCCUCCCGGCUCUGGCCAUGCACCGCACUCCGAGUCUCCUCCUGAUCUUGUUCGCUCUGGCGCCCGACGUCCCAAGACCUGCAUCAGGUCUCAAGACAGAGGGCCGGGUGGGCUUGGACAUCGUUCACCCUGUGCGAGUAGAUGCUGGAGGCUCCUUCCUGUCCUAUGAGCUGUGGCCGCGGGCUCUUCGCAAGCGAGAUGUGUCUGCUACCCAGGCUUCAUCUGCUUUCUACCAGCUGCAAUACCAAGGGCGUGAGCUGUUCUUCAACUUGACCACCAACCCUUAUCUUCUGGCACCUGGCUUUGUGAGUGAGAUCCGGCGUCACAGCAACCUAAGCCAUGUGCACAUCCGAACCCACGCCCCAACCUGCCAUUUACUCGGGGAUGUCCAGGACCCAGAACUGGAAGGUGGCUUUGCAGCCAUCAGCACCUGCGAUGGCCUGAGAGGAGUGUUCCAGCUCUCUAACGAGGAGUACUUCAUUGAGCCUCUGGAUGGAGUCCCAGCGCAGCCUGGACAGGCCAAGCCUCAUGUGGUGUACAAGCACCAAGACCCUGGGCAACGGGCCUGGCAGGGUGGCUCAAGGGCUCCAAGCACCUGUGAGGUGCAAGUGUCCCCAGAGCUGGAGCGCCAGCAAGAACUUUGGGCCCAGCAGCAGCAGCAGAAGCGGAGGCAGCAGCGAUCAGUCAGCAAAGAGAAGUGGGUGGAGGCCCUGGUGGUGGCUGACGCCAAGAUGGUAGAGUACCAUGGACAGCCACAAGUGGAGACCUACGUGCUGACAGUCAUGAACAUGGUGGCUGGGCUGUUUCGUGAUCCAAGCGUUGGGAACGCCAUUUACAUCACCAUUGUGCGCCUUAUCCUGCUGGAAAAUGACGAGAAGGAUUUAAAGAUCACACACCAUGCAGACAACACUCUGAGGAACUUCUGCAAGUGGCAGAAGGACAUCAACAUGAGGGGGGACGCCCACCCACAGCACCAUGACACUGCCAUCCUGCUCACCAGGAAGGAUUUGUGUGCAGCCAGGAACCAACCGUGCGAAACCCUGGGCAUGUCUCAUGUGGCAGGCAUGUGCCACCCUCAGCUCAGCUGUAGCGUCAAUGAAGACACUGGCCUGCCACUGGCCUUCACUGUGGCCCACGAGCUAGGACACAGUUUUGGCAUUCAGCAUGACGGCAACGGCAAUGAAUGUGAGUCCGUUGGGAAACGGCCUUACAUCAUGUCUCCACAGCUCCUGUAUGACAAAGGCAUCCCGCUCACCUGGUCCCGCUGUAGCCGCGAGUACAUCACCAGGUUCCUUGACCGUGGGUGGGGCUUCUGCUUGGAUGACACUCCAGCCAAGGAUGUCAUUGACUUACCCUCGGUGCUGCCCGGUGUCCUGUAUGAUGUGAACCAUCAGUGCCGCCUUCAGUAUGGGCCCUCCUCAGUCUUCUGUGAGGGCAUGGAUAAUGUCUGCCACACACUAUGGUGCUCUGUGGGGACCACCUGUCAGUCCAAGAUGGAUGCGGCUGUGGAUGGCACAAGAUGUGGGAAGGACAAGUGGUGUCUCAAUGGAGAGUGCGUCCCUGAGGGCUUCCAGCCUGAGGCGGUGGACGGUGGCUGGUCCGGCUGGAGUGCCUGGUCUGCGUGCUCGAGGAGCUGUGGCGUGGGUGCACAGAGUGCUGAGCGACAGUGCACACAGCCUGUGCCUAAGCACAGAGGCAAGUACUGUGUGGGGGAGCGGAAGCGGUUCCGUCUCUGCAAUCUGCCAGCCUGCCCUGCUGGCCAACCCUCUUUCCGUCACACCCAGUGCAGCCAGUUUGAUGGCAAGCCUUACAAGGGCCAGCUGCACAAAUGGGUGCCUGUGAUCCAUGAUGAGAACCCCUGUGAGCUGCGCUGCCGGCCAUCCAACUACUCCAAUACAGAGAAGCUGAGGGAUGCCGUGGUGGAUGGCACCCCUUGCUACCAAGGCAGGGUCAGCCGUGACAUCUGCAUCAAUGGCAUCUGCAAGAACGUGGGCUGUGACUACGAGAUUGACUCUGGUGCCAUGGAGGACCGCUGUGGUGUGUGCCGGGGCAACGGCUCUACUUGCCACACCGUGAGCAGGACCUUCAGGAAGGCCGAGGGCACGGGGUACGUGAACGUAGGGUUGAUCCCAGCCGGAGCCCGAGAGAUCCUCAUUAAGGAGGUGGCUGAGGCCGCCAACUUCCUGGCUCUGCGGAGUGUGAAGGACCCGAAUAAGUACUUCCUCAAUGGCGACUGGACCAUCCAGUGGAACGGAGACUAUCAGGUGGCGGGCACUACCUUCACCUAUGUGCGCCUGGGCAAUUUGGAGAACCUCACAUCCCCAGGCCCCACCACUGAGCCUGUCUGGAUCCAGCUACUGUUCCAGGAAAGAAACCCUGGGGUGCAUUACGAGUACACCAUCCAGAGAGAUAGCUACCAUGAAGUCCAGUCACCCGAAUUCUCCUGGCGUUAUGGGCCCUGGAGCAAGUGCACUGUCACCUGUGGGACAGGUGUACAGAGGCAGAGUUUGUACUGCAUGGAGAGGCAGGCUGGAAUAGUGGAUGAGAAGCACUGUGGCCAUAUGAAUCGGCCCAAUGACCGCCAGAGGAAGUGCAAUGACGUGCCCUGUCCUGCCAGGUGGUGGGCAGGGGAGUGGUAUCCGUGCUCCCAUUCCUGUGGGCCUAGCGGCUUUUCUCGCCGGCCUGUGCUCUGCAUCCAAAGUGUGGGUCUGGAUGAGCAGCGUGCCCUUGAGUCAAGAGCCUGCCAACAUCUUCCUCGUCCUUUGGCUGAAACCCCAUGCAACCGCCACGUGCCCUGUCCUUCCAAGUGGGGUGUGGGGAACUGGUCUCAGUGCUCUGUGACAUGUGGAGUUGGCAUUCGCCAACGAAAUGCUCUCUGCAUCAAUGAUACUACCGUUCCCUGUGUUGAAACCGAGCGACCAACGACCAAGGCCACUUGUUUUCUGCCUCCCUGCCGACAAACCGUGCACAUAAUAUACACAGAAGGCUCUGGCAGCGGCUCCUCCAGCCCUGAGCUCUUCAAUGAAGUUGACUUCAUCCCACACCGGCAGGCCCCACGCCCUUCACCAGCAUCCUCACCCAAGCCAGUCAGCAUCAGCAACGCUAUUGGUGAGGCGGACCUGGAACCGGACAGGCCAGGGCCUGCACUUGUGGAUGACUUCUAUUACGACUACAACUUCAUUAACUUCCACGAAGACCUUUCCUAUGGGCCCUUUGAGGAAUCCCAUCCAGACCUGAUCGAUACAGGGAAUUGGAUAGUACCAUCCCCCAUCAGACCCACUGGCUCACCCUCACAGACUCCAGUGCCCACUGCAGGGACUCCUGGAGCUAGAGAAGAGGAAGUUCAGGGAGCUUGGUCCCCUAGACCUUCACUCAGCCAGGCUAGCCAUUCUCCAUCUGUAUUUAUAGAGCAGACCCCUGGGAGCCCCUUGGCCAAUUUCGUGUCUGAGGAAGAUGCUCCUAUAGGGGGCCCUGAGCUUGAGCUCCCUGGCUUGUCCUGGACCCCUCCUUCAGCUGAUGAUAUGGUGACGCCUGUUGCCCCUGAAAACCCUGACGAGUUGCUAUUGAGAGAAGAGGAGCAGGGCCAGCCACCUACUCCACGGUCUGAUAGGAACAUGGUUUCCAAAGAUGAGAACACCUUGGGUCAUACGUCACCUCCCCUGCCCAAAAUCCCUAGCCUCGCACAGCCCUCGUCACCUUCCAUCAGCACCACUCAUGCCUCUCCUAGUCCUAAUAUGGGAGAGGUGUGGACAGAAGGGACCGUGGCCAGUGACCCUGUGGUAGAAGAUGACCUGAAGCCUGUGCAUGAGGAACUGGGGCCCACUGUGGAGGCGACUCCCUCUCUACCUCCUCCUGUGGCCACUGUGCCAGGUAUCUUGGGCAGGGACAGCCCCCUGGAGCUAGGGAUUCCCACUUUUUCCACCCCAGGACUGGGCUCACAGAACCCCAAAACUCUGGCAUUGCCAGGGACCUUCCUUUUGACAGAACCAACUGAUCUAAGGAGCCGGGAACCAUUGGACCAGCCACAGCCCCCUAACCCUGAGGGGACUCUGAGCCCUGGGCUGCUGCCUGGACUGAUUCAGGAGACUCAAAACAACAGCAGCAAGGAUGCUGAGGUCCAGCCUUUGCAGCCCAGCCUAGUGGAGGAUGGCUUCCCUGCAGAUUCACUGCCUGCCAAGAAUGCCAGUUGGCAAGUGGGCAACUGGAGCCAGUGUUCCACCACCUGUGGCCUGGGCGCCACCUGGAGGCUGGUGCGCUGCAGCACUGGCACGGACGAGGACUGCAUCCUGUCUAGCCGGCCCCAGCCUGCCCGCCAUUGUCAUCUGAGGCCCUGUGCUGCCUGGCGCACGGGCAACUGGAGUAAGUGCUCUCGAAACUGUGGCGGAGGUUCCUCUACAAGGGAUGUACAGUGUGUGGACACACGGGACCUCAGGCCACUACGGCCCUUCCACUGCCAGCCUGGGCCUACCAAGCCACCCACCCGUCAACUUUGUGGAACCCAGGCCUGCCUCAGCUGGUACACCUCUUCCUGGAGAGAGUGUUCCGAGGCUUGUGGUGGUGGUGAACAGCAGCGUCUGGUGACAUGCCCGGAGCCAGGCCUCUGUGAGGAGUUACUGAGACCCAACAGCACCAGGCCCUGUAACACUCACCCCUGCACACAGUGGGUGGUGGGGCCCUGGGGUCAGUGCUCAGCCCCCUGUGGUGGUGGUGUUCAGCGGCGUCUGGUCAAAUGUGUGAACACUCAGACAGGCUUGGCAGAGGAAGACAGUGACCAGUGCAGCCAUGAGGCCUGGCCUGAAAGCUCACGGCCGUGUGCCACUGAGGAUUGUGAGCUGGUUGAGUCAACCAGCUGUGAGCGGGAUCGCCUAUCCUUCAGUUUCUGUGAGACGCUGCGCCUCCUUGGCCGCUGCCAGCUGCCCACCAUCCGUGCUCAGUGCUGUCGCUCAUGUCCUCCGCUCAGCCGCAGUGCCCCUUCCAGGGGCUAUCAGCUGGUGGCCAGACGCUAAAAAA